CGCAAACGAAAGUGGUGCGAAAAGUUCGGAAAGUGGAAUUUGUGCGAUUAAGGGAGAAAAACGUCUGCAUUUAGUUGAUUUUUAUUCUUUUUGUGCAACUACACUCGAAGAUCGCAGGGGAACUGCUCUCCUCAUCUGCUGCUGUAAAAAGGGGCCUUAAUUUGUAGGUUAUCUGUGCUUGCCCGCACGUCCAGCGAUAAGUGUCAUUAGGAGUUGAAUUCGGAGUUAAACUAGGGUGACCGAUGUAAGUAAAAAUCUACUGAAAUAUUGUAAUUAGAAACUGACAUGAAAUUAUAGCUUUUAGCAAUACUUACACUGCAAUCAACGGUGUGUCUUAUUCGCUGAAAAGAAGCCCGAAACUCGUCCCAACAAAUCUAAAAGAUCGCCCGAUAGGAAGGAUGGACUGCAUGCUGUGCACUUUUCCAAACACGGACCGGAUGGUGAGCUGCUGUGUCUGCGGGUCGUGGAUGCACUACGAGUGCGUCGGCGUCAACGAUAGCAUCGCGGCGCAUAGUCGGUCGUUCUACUGCCCUCCAUGCCAGAGGCCGACACCAAGACCCCAGCCACCAGUGGAAGAACCCGGCAAGAAACACGAUGGCAAGGCCAAGAGUUCCAAGGCGGGGUCGAAAACGGGAUCGAAGGCGGGUUCCAAGGCAAGUUCGGUGCAGUCCGGCGUCGGCGCACGAACCAGAUUGGCUCAGCUGAAGAUCCAAAAGCUGGAGGAGCAGAAAAAGCUCGCGCUACAACGCCUGGAGCUGGAGAGCAAGCAGCGAGACGCGGAGAUGGCUGCCAAGAAGCAGGUGCAGGAAGCGGAACUAGCGGCGUUGAAGCUACAGGUCGAAACUGAGGCGCUCGAAGAGACGUUCCGACUGCUCGAGGAGUUGGAAAUCGGAGAUGAUGACGGCGAUGGCCGAAGCGUGGCUUCGGAGCAAAGUUCGCGCAGCAAGGUGAAGAGGUGGCAGCAGAAUCAGGAGGUAAUGAGCUCGACGCUUUUGAGACCGACGAAGACUUCAGCUGGAACUGGUCAACAAGCGGGAACCCGACGACAUCUGGAACAGUCGCUGGUCAGCAGUCAGCAGGAGGAACUACGCAGACGCACACUGGGACUGGAGGAGGGCAGACAACAGGGGGGGCGACCGCAGUCGUUUACGAAGCUUCCGGGUUUGCAAGAACCGCCACGGGCAGAUAGAAGCCAGGUGGACGGCAACGAUGACACACCGGACUACUACGGACCGACUCCGCAACAGCUCGCCGCCAGGCAGGUGAUCUCGAAGGAGCUGCCCGUGUUCACGGGAAAUCCUGAGGACUGGCCGCUGUUCAUAAGCGCGUACGUCAACACGACGAACGCGUGCGGGUUUUCGGAUGCAGAGAAUUUGGCCAGGUUGCAGAAGUAUGUUCGAGGCUACGCGUACGAAAGGGUGCAAGGACGCUUGCUUCAUCCGGCGGGAGUGCCGCACGCUAUAGCCACGUUGGAGAUGCUUUUUGGACGGCCGGAGAUGUUGAUUCACUCGUUGCUGCAGAAGGUGCACAACGCGCCAGCGCCAAAGCCGGACCGGCUUGAGACCUACAUCGAUUUCGGGUUGGCGGUUCAGCUGCUCUGCGAUCAUCUGGAAGCUGGAGGACACGAGGCACACCUGAACAACCCGAUGCUGCUGUUCGAGCUGGUGGAGAAGCUGCCUGCGAACGCGAAGCUGGAUUGGUCGCUGUACAAGGAGCGUUGCAGCCAGGUGAACCUGACGACGUUUGCGUGCUACAUGUCAGCGUUGGUGAAGGCAGCCUCGGACGUAACGAUUAGCUAUGGUUCCAAGCAGCAACAACAGCAGACGCGGGUUGCGAAACUGGACAAGAGCGGCAGGGACAAGAACUUCUGCGGCGCGCACUCCUCCGAAGACGUGUCACAGACGCCAGUCAAGGAGGUUACGGAGAAGAAAGCGGCGCUAGCGUGCUUCGUCUGCAAGGAUCUCAAGCACCGCGUGAAGGACUGCGCCGAGUUCGGGAAGAAGACGCUGGAAGAACGUCGGAGGAUAGUCGAGGAAUACAGGCUGUGUAGCAAUUGUCUAGGUGUUCACGGGAAGAAGCCGUGUCGAAUCAGCGACAAAUGUGACAUUGAUGGGUGCCAACAGCAGCAUCAUGCUCUGCUGCACUCUAAGCAGAAGUCGGGAGGCACGGAGUCGAAGCGCGCUGAACAGAAGCGGGAGAAGAACGAACCGAAGGUGUCAGGAGCGAACGCGAUUACCAACCAUCACUACGCCGGGAAGACGGCGCUGUUCCGAAUCAUCCCAGUAGAGCUGCACGGGAACAACCGUACGGUGUCAGCUUUCGCAUUCUUGGAUGACGGAUCGUCGAGGACGAUGGUGGACGAGGAGAUCGCUAAGGAGCUCGGCGUCGAAGGUGAGGUGCUUCCGCUGUGCUUACAGUGGACGGCGAACGUGAAGCGCACCGAAUCGGAGUCUCAGCGGAUCGCGCUGGAGAUUUCCGGUGGCGAAGACGAGGCGAGGUUUGCGCUUAACGAUGUGCGGACGGUGAAGAAGCUGGAUCUGCCACGACAGUCAUUGCGGUACACAGAGCUGGCCAAGACGUUCCCACAUCUGCAAGGCCUGCCGGUGAAGGACUACGCCAACGCUGCUCCACGCAUUCUCAUUGGGAAUGACAACGCUCACGUCACGGCGAUGCUGAAGGUCCGAGAAGGACAGCCUGGAGAACCGAUUGCGGCGCGAUCCCGACUCGGGUGGACAGUGUACGGCAAGCAGGACCAUACUGCUGGACGCGUACACAGUUUCCACGUGUGCGAAUGCCAGGACGACCAAUCGUUGCAGGAUCUGGUGAAGGAGUUCUUCUCGGUUGAAAGCUUGGGUGUGGAAGCGACAGCAGGUCCUGAAUCUGAUGAAGUCCAGAGAGCGAACAAGCUCCUGCAAGAAACGACGAAGCGGGUCGGCCAGCGAUUCGAAACGGGGCUGCUGUGGAAGUACGACUGCUUCGAGUUUCCCGACAGCUAUCCGAUGGCGAAGCGUCGACUGCAGUGCUUGGAACGACGAAUCCAGAAGGAUCCGGUGAUUGGCGAAAGUGUCGUGAGGCAGCUGUCCGAGUACCAGGAAAAGGGUGUCGCGCUGAACCCGAAGAAGCCGUCGAAGGUCCGCAUUUUCUGCGAUGCUGCCGCCAAAGUGGACGGAGUCUCGCUGAACACGAUGCUGCUCAAAGGCCCGGAUCUUUUGAAGACCCUUCUGCACGUGCUGUUUGGUUUUCGGGAGAAGCGAGUGGCACUUUGCGCCGAUAUCAAGGAGAUGUUCCACCAAGUCAAGAUUCGGAAGGAAGACCGGCACGCUCAACGUCUGCUGUGGCGUGACGACCCCACCAAGGAACCAGAAGUCUACUUGAUGGACGUCGCGACGUUCGGGGCCACAUGCUCGCCAUGCUCGACCCAAUUCGUCAAGAACAGGAACGCAGAGGAGCACUCGCACGACUACCCCGAAGCGGCAGAAGCCAUCAUCCGAAAGCACUACGUGGACGACUAUCUGGACAGUGCCGAUUCGGUGGAAGAGGCGACGAAGCUGGCGUUGGAAGUGAAGCACGUACACUCUCUAGGCGGCUUCGAUCUACGGAACUGGCUGUCCAACUCCAAGGAGUGCAUGCAGUUGGACAAGGACGACCCGAUGGAGCGAGUGCUGGGAAUGUACUGGAAGCCGGACGAAGACGUCUUCACCUUUAGGAUGACGCUAACGUUCGAUGCCGAUCUUCCCACGAAACGGCAAGCGCUGCGAAUCGUAAUGUCCCUCUUUGACCCGGCUGGCCUGCUUUGCUUCUUCAUCAUCCACGGCAAAAUCCUGAUCCAAGAGGUGUGGCGAGCGAAGACCGAGUGGGACCAGAAGAUCCCGGACAAGCUGAAGGAGCGCUGGAUGCGGUGGAUAGCCAUGUUCAAGCAUCUGAGCGAGGUGCGCAUUCCCCGCUGCUACUUCUCGAAGUACUCGAUCGCUGACAUUGUGUCGCUCCAGCUGCACGUUUUCUGCGACGCCAGUGAAGAAGCUUACUCUUGCGUAGCGUACUUUCGUGCUGUGUAUUUUGACGGGAUGAUUCAAGUAGCACUGAUCGGGGGAAAAGCAAAAGUGGCUCCACUCAAGGCACUUUCUAUACCUCGACUGGAACUGAACGGUGCGGUCAUCGGAGUACGGUUGCGGAAGUCGAUCACGAACGGCCACAGCCUGAAGAUUGACAAGACCGUGAUGUGGACCGACUCGAGAACGGUGCUGGCCUGGAUCAACUCGGACCAUCGGAACUACCGGCAGUUCGUGGCGUGUCGGGUAGGUGAGAUCCUGUCGAAGUCGGACGCAGCGGAGUGGCGCCACUGUCCUGGAAAACUGAAUCCAGCGGACCUGGCCACGAAGUGGGGCCCGAGGGGUCCAAGUUUCUCGCCGGAUUACCCGUGGUACGGACGUUUCUUCAUCCUGUCGCAGGAAAUCGAGUGGCCCAUGGACGUGAAUCCCACCGAGGAGACGACGGAGGAAGAGUUGCGUGCCUGUCUGGUCCACCGCGAAGCGGUGACGAAGCUGGCAAUCGACUGGCGACGCUUCUCUGACUGGACGCGGCUGCUGCGGGCGGUGGCGUACGCUCUCCGUUACAAGCAGAACUUCGUGGAGAACUACCGGAACCAACCGCUAACAAAGGACCGCUUACGCAGAAGGAACUGGUGA